GCCAAUCGGCAUGGCUCUUAGAGAGAGCGGCUCGCUUUUUGAAUUGGCUGUGGCUGCCGGCGGCGAGGAAUGGCGGUAUCGGUGUGAGGGGUCUGCGUGUGAAGAGGUGGAAUUGCCAGGGCGUUUGUGGAGCGUGUGUACAGUUUACACUAGUUGCUAAGAAUCUGGAGGAAGAAAUUUGUAUUCUUUAUUAUUCUGAAGAAGGAAGAAAGGGUAAAGUAGAUCGCAUAUGUACUUUCAGCCACCGUAGUGCCGUACAAACAAUGGCUGACAAUAGUCUACUCACAUCCACUACUGGGAGGACUAGCUUGGUGGACUCUUCCAUUUUUGAUUCUAAAGUUGCUGAAACUUCGAAGGAAAACUUAUUUGUUGGAUCUACUUCAUAUGUUGAAGAGGAAAUGCCUCAGAUUGAAACAAGGGUGAUAUUGGUUCAAGAAGCUGGAAAACAAGAAGAACUUUUGAAAGCCUUAAAGACUAUUAAAAUAAUGGAAGUCCCUGUUAUAAAGAUUAAAGAAAGUUGUCCUGGAAAAUCGGAUGAAAAGUUAAUAAAAACUAUUAUUAAUAUGGAAAUUAAAGUGCCUUUUAUAAAGAUGGAAUCAAUUGAAGAAUUUGAAGAUUUGGAUUCUCCAGAAUUUGAAAAUGUAUUUGUAGUCACGGACUUCCAAGAUUCUGUCUUUAAUGACUUACACAAGACUGAUUGUAGAAUUAUUGGACCACCGGUUGUAUUAAACUGUGCACAAAAAGGGGAGCCUUUGCCUUUCUCCUGUCGCCCGCUGUACUGUACAAGUAUGAUGAAUCUGGUGCUGUGCUUUACUGGAUUCAGGAAGAAAGAAGAGCUAGUCAGAUUGGUGACAUUGGUCCAUCACAUGGGUGGAGUUAUUCGAAAAGACUUUAAUUCAAAAGUUACACAUUUGGUGGCAAAUUGUACACAAGGAGAAAAAUUUAGGGUUGCUGUGAGCCUGGGUACUCCAAUUAUGAAGACAGAAUGGAUUUAUAAAGCUUGGGAAAGGCGGAAUGAACAGGAUUUCUGUGCAACAAUUGAUGACUUUAGAAAUGAGUUUAAAGUUCCUCCAUUUCAAGAUUGCAUUUUGAGUUUCCUGGGGUUUUCAGAUGAAGAAAAAGCCAACAUGGAAGAGAUGACUGAAAUGCAAGGAGGUAAAUAUUUGCCAGUUGGAGAUGAAAGAUGUACUCACCUUAUUGUUGAAGAGAAUAUAGUAAAAGAACUUCCAUUUGAACCUUCGAAGAAACUUUAUGUUGUCAAGCAAGAGUGGUUCUGGGGAAGCAUUCAAAUGGAUGCCCGAGCUGGAGAAACUAUGUAUUUGUACGAAAAGGCUAAUACUCCUGAGCUCAAGAAGUCAGUGUCACUACUGUCUCUAAGUACGCCAAACAGCAAUCGCAAAAGACGACGUUUAAAAGAGACACUUGCUCAGCUUUCAAGAGAGACAGAUUUAUCACCUUUCCCUCCCCGUAAACGGCCAUCAGCUGAACAUUCCCUUUCUAUAGGAUCACUUCUGGAUAUCUCUAAUACACCAGACUCUAGCAUUAACUAUGGAGAAACACCAAAAUCUUGUACCAAGUCUUCUAAAAAUUCCACUCCAAUUCCUUUAAAGCAGUCAGCCCGGUGGCAAGUUGCAAAAGAGCUCUAUCAGACUGAAAGUAAUUAUGUAAAUAUAUUGGCGACAAUUAUUCAGUUAUUUCAAGUACCAUUGGAAGAGGAAGGACAACGUGGUGGGCCUAUCCUUGCACCAGAAGAGAUUAAGACAAUUUUUGGCAGUAUCCCAGAUAUCUUUGAUGUACACACUAAGAUAAAGGACGAUCUUGAAGACCUUAUUGUUAAUUGGGAUGAAAGCAAAAGCAUUGGUGACAUCUUUCUUAAAUAUUCAAAAGAUUUGGUAAAAACCUACCCUCCCUUUGUAAACUUCUUUGAAAUGAGCAAGGAAACAAUUAUUAAAUGUGAAAAACAGAAACCAAGAUUUCAUGCUUUUCUCAAGAUAAACCAAGCUAAACCAGAGUGUGGACGGCAAAGCCUUGUUGAACUUCUCAUCCGACCUGUGCAGAGGUUACCGAGUGUUGCAUUACUUUUAAAUGAUCUUAAGAAACAUACAGCUGAUGAAAAUCCCGACAAAAGCACUUUAGAGAAAGCUAUUGGGUCACUAAAGGAAGUAAUGACGCAUAUUAAUGAGGAUAAAAGGAAAACAGAGGCUCAAAAGCAAAUUUUUGAUGUUGUUUAUGAAGUAGAUGGAUGCCCGGCUAAUCUUUUAUCUUCUCACCGAAGCUUAGUACAGAGAGUUGAAACGAUUUCCCUAGGUGAGCACCCCUGUGACAGAGGAGAACAAGUAACUCUCUUCCUCUUCAAUGACUGCCUGGAGAUAGCAAGAAAACGACACAAGGUUAUUGGCACUUUUAGGAGUCCUCAUGGGCAUACUCGACCCCCGGCUUCUCUUAAGCAUAUUCAUCUAAUGCCUCUUUCUCAGAUUAAGAAGGUGCUGGACCUAAGAGAGACAGAAGAUUGCCAUAAUGCUUUUGCCUUGCUUGUGAGGCCACCAACAGAGCAAGCGAAUGUCCUGCUCAGUUUCCAGAUGACAUCAGAUGACCUGCCAAAAGAAAACUGGCUAAAGAUGCUGUGUCGACAUGUAGCCAACACCAUUUGUAAAGCGGAUGCUGAGAAUCUUAUGUAUACUGUGGAUCCAGAAUCCUUUGAAGUAAAUACAAAAGAUAUGGACAGUACAUUGAGUAGAGCAUCUAGAGCAAUAAAGAAGACUUCCAAAAAGGUUACCAGAGCAUUCUCUUUCUCUAAAACUCCAAAAAGAGCUUUCCGAAUGGCUCUUAUGACAUCCCACAACUCAGCGGAGGGAAGAAGCCCUACCAGCAGUGACAAGCAUGUAGUGAGUCGUCUGUCUAGCACAUCAUCAUUAGCAGGUAUCCCGUCUCCUUCCCUUGUCAGCCUUCCUUCCUUCUUUGAGAGGAGAAGUCAUACCUUAAGCAGAUCUACAACUCAUUUGAUAUGAAGCUUUAAGAAUCUUAAAUUACAGAAAUGUAUUAACAUUUCAUACUCGAAAGAGAAACUGACUUAAAUGGUACUUGUAAUUAGCACUUGGGGAAAGCUGGAGAGAAGAUGUUUAACACUAAAGUAUACAUUUGAUUUUCCUCUUGAAAGAGUAAAGUUUAUGUCUUAACAGUUUUCAAGUUAAUGCAUGUAAAAAAGUUAUAUUGAUUUUCAUGUAAUUUAUCUCUUUGAAUUCCUCAUUCAAAGACCAAUAAUUUAAGUUAUUCAUGAUAUCAGUAGCUUUGCAAUCCUGACACAGUAAAUAAAUUUUAUUGAUGGGUACCAAAUACUGCUGUAAAUCUAUUUGUAUAGUACCCAUGAAUGAAUUUGUGGAAAUACAUAUUUGUGAAUCUCAAUUUGUACAGAAAUACUACAGUGCUCACUGGAUAAAAACCUGCAUAGAUUCCUGAUUAAGUAGUGAAUCUUGUAUCACAUGGACUGUUUAUUUACUGCUCUUGCAGUUUAUUUUCUUCUCAGAUAUUUUCAAGUUCUAGCAUGUGGAUUAUAAAUGAUUUUCCCUUAUUAAUAAGAAUAACACUUAAAGGCAAUUGCUUGAAAAUAUUUUGCAAAUUGAGACAAUAACAAAGAUUAAAAAAUAUUGUAUUUUGUGAAAGCAAGUUACUGUUAAAUACUUGUAGCUAGUUCAGAGACAAAUAUUUAUGGUAAUUUUAGCCACUAGCAAAUCUUGAUUUAGUUUGAUAGUGUGUAGAAUUUUAUUUUGAAAGAAAAGACCAUGGGAAAAUUGUAGUAAAGACUGUUUAUAUUUUUAUGAACUAAUUCUAAAGUUACCAUCAGUUUUACUAAUCUGCUGUGAAAUACAUAGAUAUGUAUAUGGUCAACAUUUUAUUGU